UCAUCUUCCCCAUUUACGUGUCUUCGUUGCAAUUUCCAGUGGCUCUCUCUGCCCCCCACAGCCUCUUUGUUUUUUGCAUCUGAAUUCUGCCGCGAAGAAUCAAUAUCCGCCGUUAAAUUCCUCAUAUUCCGGCGAAUUUUGUGUGCUUGUAAUCGCCAUGAAUACAGAAUAUGACUACCUGUUCAAACUUUUGCUUAUUGGUGAUUCUGGUGUUGGGAAGUCAUGUCUCCUUUUGAGGUUCGCUGAUGACACAUAUCAGGAGAGCUACAUAAGCACAAUUGGAGUUGAUUUUAAAAUCAGGACAGUGGAGCAAGAUGGAAAGACCAUUAAGCUUCAGAUUUGGGAUACUGCUGGACAAGAGCGUUUUAGGACUAUCACUAGCAGCUACUAUCGUGGAGCCCAUGGCAUAAUAGUUGUUUAUGAUGUGACGGAUCAGGAGAGCUUCAAUAAUGUGAAGCAGUGGCUGAGUGAAAUUGACCGUUAUGCUACCCCAAAUGUUAACAAAAUUCUUGUUGGGAACAAGUCUGACCUUGUUGCUAGUAGAGUUGUGUCGUAUGAAACGGCUAAGGCCUUUGCUGAUGAAAUUGGUAUUCCAUUCUUGGAGACCAGUGCGAAAGAUGCUAGUAAUGUAGAAGAGUCUUUCAUGGCUAUGACUGCUGCUAUCAAGAAAAGUAUGGCAAACCAACCGGCCCCAAAUGCUGCUCAGCCUCCAAAUGUAAACAUUCGUGGACAGCCCGUUGCUCAGAAUAGUGGCUGCUGCUCGUCUUGAGAGAACGUCCGCUAUUUGCUUGCUGGCUCACCUCUCAUCCAUGACAUGUCUACUGUAAUCUCACUAAUCAACAACAAUGUUUACCCUUGUAGCCUUGUCAUGUAAAAUCCUUACUACUAGAUAUAUCUUUUUAUUUCUUGAUAAGAAAUAUAUCUUUUUAUUGAAGUGGACCAAUUGUGAACGUAAUGAUCUUAGCAUUAUUUGUUGCACUUUGACAUUUAGGCCUGCUUUUGCUUAAAAAUAAAUUUCUCAUAGUUCAACUGAAA